UAGCCCUGCAUGUUAUAAUUGUGGCCUCAGGCUCUGGUCACUUCCUCUGCAAUCCCAGCCUGGAGUCUGCAGCCAGCGCAGCAGACGUCGCCAUGGAGAGGCUGAGCGCAGCCAACACCCGUUUUGCCUUGGACCUGUUCCUGGCCUUGGACAAAGACAACCCUACGGGAAACAUCUUCAUGUCUCCCUACAGCAUCUCCUCGGCCAUGGCUAUGAUCCUCCUGGGGGCCCGAGGCAACACGGAGGCCCAGCUGUCCAAGGCUCUUCAUUUCGAUGCUGUGCAGGAUGUUCAUUCGCGAUUCCAGAGCCUGAAUGCUGAGAUGAGCAAGCACAGGGAGGCCUGUGUGCUGAAACUCGCUAACAGGCUCUAUGGAGAGAAAACCUACGACUUUCUCCCCGAAUUCUUGGCUUCGACUCAGAAACUGUACGGCGCUGACUUGGCCAGGGUGGAUUUUCAGCAGGCCUCGGAGGACGCCAGGAAGGAGAUAAAUGAGUGGGUCAAAGGUCUGACAGAAGGGAAAAUCCCAGAGGUAUUGGCCUCAGGUGUGGUUGAUAGCCUGACGAAACUCGUCCUGGUAAAUGCCAUCUAUUUCAAGGGGAAGUGGCAUGAGGAGUUCAGGAAAGAGAGUACCACCAAUGCCCUAUUCAGACUCAACAAGAGAGAGACCAAGACAGUGAAAAUGAUGUACCAAAAGAAAGAGUUUCGCUUCGGCUACGUGCAGGAGCUCAGGUGCCGUGUGCUGGAGCUGCCUUACCAGGGCAAGGAGCUCAGCAUGCUGCUCCUGCUGCCCGACGACAUCGAGGACGAGUCCACGGGGCUCAAGGAGAUUGAGAAACAACUGACCUUGGAGAAGCUGAAUGAGUGGACCAAACCUGAGAAGAUGCGUACCAUUGACGUCCAUGUCAGGUUGCCUAGGUUCAAACUGGAAGACAGCUACGUCCUCAACUCCCAUCUGGCCCGUCUGGGUGUACAGGAUCUCUUUGUUAGAGACAAGGCUGAUCUGUCUGGCAUGUCAGCAGCCAACGAUCUUUUUGUCUCAAAAGUUGUCCACAAGUCCUUUGUGGAAGUGAAUGAAGAGGGCACAGAGGCAGCGGCCGCCACUGCUGUCUCUGUGCUUUUUGGGGGCUGCCUGAGGCAAGAGGAGAAUUUCACUGCCGACCAUCCAUUCCUUUUCUUGAUUCGGCACAAUCCCACAUCGAACAUCCUGUUCCUUGGCAGAGUUUGUUCUCCUUAGAAGAAGGAGACAGUGGAAACAGAUGGUCACACUUAAAGCUGUCUUCCAACUGCAUGCUUAAUGGUGACAAUUGUCA